AUGCGCUCUUUCCUGUUGUUGCACAGACGCGGAGUGGCCCAGCUGGCCUACUUCCAGACGCCAAAGCACGUCACGAACGAGAUCGUCAAGCCGUUCGCCAAGCACGACCAGCUCGACUGGGACCUGCUCAAGAGCGAGCUGUUCUCUUUCUCCGACACCACGACCAAAAUCCCGCUCGUGAUUGGCGGCAAGGAGUACUACAACAGAGACCUCAAAACACAAGUCAAUCCGGGCAACCACAAACAGGUGAUUGCGGAGUACGCCACUGCGACGGAAAAAGACGUCAGAGAGGCGAUCGACGCAGCACAGACGGCCAAGAAAGACUGGCUCAACACCUCGUUCGACGACAGAGCAGCCAUCUUCUACAAGGCUGCAGACCUCAUCUCCACCAAGUACAGGCACCGUAUGUUGGCCGCCACAAUUCUCGGCCAGGGCAAAAACGUGUACCAGGCAGAGAUCGACGCCGUGGCAGAGCUGGCGGACUUCUUCCGGUUCAACAUCAAGUACGCGCACCAGUUGUACAACACGCAGCCGCCAGAAUCAAGCAAUGGCGUCUGGAACCGCGUUGAGUACAGACCGUUGGAGGGAUUCGUGUACGCGGUCACUCCGUUCAAUUUCACGGCCAUUGCUGCCAAUUUGGUGGGUGCUCCGGCCCUGAUGGGCAACACCGUGGUCUGGAAACCGUCACAGUACGCCGUGCUGUCUAACUACACGAUGUUCCAGAUUCUGAGAGAAGCCGGACUGCCAGAAGGCGUGAUAAACUUUAUUCCAGGCGACCCAGAGAUGAUCACCAACUCUGUUCUGGCAGACAAAAAUUUCAACGCUCUGCACUUCACCGGCUCGACGCAGGUUUUCGGCGACAUUUGGGCUAAAAUUGCCAACAACACCGCUCAGGGCAAGUACAGAGACUUCCCAAGAAUUGUCGGAGAGACAGGUGGCAAGAACUUCCAUUUGGUGGACAAGUCUGCCAACGUGAGCCACGCUGUUUUGUCGACGAUUCGCGGUGCAUUCGAGUACCAGGGCCAGAAAUGCUCGGCAACCUCGCGUCUGUAUGUGGACGCUGAGAUCUGGCCAGAGUUCAAAAAACAGCUCGUUCAGCACACCAACGAGAUCGUGCCGACCAACACCUCGGCCACCAACGGCCUGCACCGGUUCAUGGGCCCUGUGAUCCACAAAAACUCGUUCGACAAGCUGAGCGCGGCGAUCGACUCCAUCAAGGACGACUCUGAGCUCGAGCUGCUGUGCGGUGGUCUUGCCAACGCGUCCGAGGGCUACUUUGUCAAACCAACGAUUGUUCAAACUUCGAACCCUGUCCAUUCGUUUAUGACGACUGAAUUCUUCGGCCCGCUACUGACCGUCUACGUUUAUGAGGACCUCGACCAAAUUUUGCCCCAGAUCGACUCUGCCACCAAAUACGGUUUGACAGGCUCUGUUUUCGCUUCCGACCGCAAAAUUAUCAGAAAAGUGCAGGAGGAGCUCAGAUAUUCCGCUGGUAACUUCUACAUCAACGAUAAGUCCACGGGAGCCGUUGUUGGUCAGCAGCCGUUUGGCGGAAGUAGGAUGUCGGGAACCAACGACAAGGCCGGCUCAGCGUCGAUUCUGUCGAGAUUUGUGACUCCGCGGGCCAUCAAGGAGAACUUCUACGAGAUCUCCGACUACAGAUAUCCUAGCAACUAUGAGUAA